AUGGAGGAUUAUUCACGAUCAAUUGAAGAUCAAAACAUUUUAAUGGCCCGUGUUCAACGAAUCAUUUCGGAUUUCGAACAAUUGCCCAUUGGUGAAAAACCCGAGGUUUACACCCAAUUAAAAGCUUUUUGGGAACAAGAAGAACUAGUAGAAUCCAGAAAACUGACUCCUGAAGAAAUAUCUUGUGAAGAUUUCUUCAAAAAUAAUUACACUCGUGGCUCAGAUGGACGCUAUACUGUCGCUUUACCCUUUCGGUCUCAAAUAAUUGGCAAAUCUCCCCCUGUGUUCAGUCACAGUGACUUUAGCGCAUUAAAAAGACUCAAACAGGUUGAAAGUAAGUUUUCUAAAGAUCCAAACUUUGCCUAUGAAUAUAAGAAGUUCAUGGAUGAAUAUGAAUCGCUCGGACAUAUGGAAAAAAUUGGUCCCUAUCCUCAAUCCAUCCAACCUCAUGGAUAUUUUCUGCCUCAUCACGGUGUUGUGAGGGAAUCUAGUUCCACGACAAAACUGCGUGUAGUUUUCGACGGUAGCAGUAAAAGAUUACCUUCUUCCUCAUUGAACGAAGAACUUUUUCCUGGCCCUGCUCUGCAAAAUGAUUUGCCCACAAUUAUUAAUCGAUGGCGUCGAUUCAAAAUAGGAUUUAGAUCGGAUUUGGAAAAAAUGUUUCGCCAAAUUAAGGUUGUAGAAAGCCAUCAAAAAUAUCAGCAAAUAUUAUGGCGAAAUUCUGAUUCUAAUAUCUACAUAUAUAAACUUCAAACUGUAACUUAUGGCACUUCUUCAGCCCCGUACCUCUCGAUUAGAGUUCUUCAUCAAUUAGCUCAAGAUGAAACCGAAAAAUUCCCAGAAGCAUGUAAGAUAUUAAAAACGGACACAUACGUUGAUGAUAUUAUCUCUGGUGCUGACUCUGAAUCAGAAGCAAUCUUUCUACAGGAAAAUUUGGUUCAAUUAUUAUCCGCUGGCGGAUUUAAUUUACGCAAAUGGACUUCUAAUUCCACAGAACUUAUGUCUCAUAUACCGGAAGACUUCCGUGAAAAAUCAAAUGUUUUUGAUUUAAAUGAACCAAAUGUGGUAAAAGCUCUAGGCUUAGGCUGGAAUACCGAACAUGACACGUUCUCAUUUGAAGUCAACUUUCCCAUAAAAGCUAAUGUCACAAAAGCGAGUCUUUUAUCCGAUGCAGCCAAGUUAUAUGACCCUCUGGGUUGGUUGGCGCCUGUCACUAUUCAAGCGAAAAUCUAUUUCCAAAAAUUAUGGCUCGAAGGCAUCGAUUGGAAAGAUUAA